UUCCGUUUAAAUGCAAGAAAAUGUGAAAGUUGGAAAUGAUCGUUUUCUUUCAUUCUAUUUUGCUGUCGCUAUUUGAUUUAUAUAAAAAAGCUCGUACAAAACGUUCUGAGAAUAAAGGCACGCAAGUUUCAGAAGAAAAACUUGACAAAUAUCAAGCAUUUUUGGCAGAAAUAGAAAAAUUGCAACAGAAAAGUGUGCAUUCUAGCUCAUGUUGUCAGAGAACAACCACAAAACGCAUCAUGUAUGAAGACUUCUAUUCAGACUCGGACUCUGAUGGGUUUGAGGUCACGUCUGGACCAGCAUCAGACUACCAUGUCAUAGCUGUUGCCGUGUCCGCUCCUGUAUCAGCCUCCAGCUUAGCAAGUGGCCCACCAGCCAUUGGAAGAGGAAUCACCACCACAAAUCAUCAGACAUCUACCAAUACAGAGACACAUCAUCCGCUCCAGAGGCAAGGGUUUGGGCGAGGUAUGACUGUAUCUCAGCCUAAUUAUCAUGGGAAUAACACAUGGAACCGCGGGGCCUCAUCCAGUGCCCAUAUCAACCAAAGUCAGGAUAGUUACAGCAAUUGUAACCAAGGUCAUGAUAGUUAUGGUCGUGGUUUGUCACACAAGUUCGGUUCUGGUUCACACGCACACUCACCACAGUACUCAAGCAAACCGUAUAAAUCACAUGGCAGGGGCCUUUCAGUGCAGGCAGAGUCUCUGCAUUCCAGGCAAGGCAAGCAUGAUACAUGGACACCUGGUGUGCGAGCAAAUCCUGGGCAGUGGCCUGCACAGUCUAGAGGGAGAGGGGUAUGGCAGAAAAGUUCACAGAGUCCUCAAACUAAGGCAGAAUCUUGUAGCACUUUUGUUGGAGCUCAAACUGUGGACACUGGAGUAGAGAUCUGGGCCUCCAGUCAGCAGGAAACUAACCCACGCUCUGUGGUUAACCACUGGGAUGAUGAUGGGACUGAUCAGGUAUUGACACAUUCGGUGGCCAAUGAUGCCAAAGGUGAGGAUAAUACUGACAAGAUUGAUGCCAUUUCAGAAUGGAAACCAGAGGUGAUACCUGGUGUGUAUAAGCUGAAGCCAAAGGAAAACAAACCUUUUGAAGCAAAAGUUCUUGUGCCAACGGUCAAACAACAAGUGGAUUCUUCCAUUAAGGAGUCAGACACAGCAAUGUGGGCAGCAAAAAUACUGGCCUCAAACCCUGCCCAGCCAAGCUUUGAAAGCAUGAAGAAAAUCAGUUCACAGCUAGAACACAUGUGGCAGGACGAUUCAAAUAAAGAUCGUACCAACAUUUCUCGAUAUCUUUCCCAUCAGUUCAGCAAUUCUGUCAAUCCGUACGUCCUCUUGAUUCACAUCCUGCAAUCAGCAGCUGAUACGCAUGUUCCCAAGACAACCACCCUGGCCUUUUGGGUCUUCAAAGAAUUUGAAAAGUUUUGUAAGCAAAAUAAUUCAAGACUUUCAGUGGAUACGUAUGUCAGCAAACAAAUGCAAAUGGAGAUUUUCAACCUGUGUACGGUGAAACAUAUGACGAUGUUUGAGCUGGCAGUACGUUGCUUUGGUCUGUGUUAUCCCGGCAACGACCAGUUUCUUCCGGCUGUGAGAUCGUUUGUAGAGAACAAGAAAUUCAAAGAGGCAGCUGUCUGUGUGGGCAGACUUGGGUUACAGCACCAUUUUCAAAUGCAUGAGAUUGUGUUACCUCUGCUGCUACAAGACAAGGUGAAUCUUGUAGAGACGUACGUGUGUGGCUUCCCCGACCACCAGAGGAUCCUAGUGCAGUACCUUGACCACCUGUGUGAUAGAGAAACUGACCUUGACCUUGUAGUCAGAUCUGUCAGCCACCUUCCAGGGGUGAGGCCCUCCAGGGCUCAGAGGAAACCCCUCAGCAAGCUGGCUGUCAGGCUCAUGAAGUUGUACAAGAUACCACAAGAUCUGUGUCCCAAUAUUUUCAAAACUCGAGGUUGCGGUGCACUGAGAUAUCUGCUACACAAGCGAUACAUUGAGAAAAGCAUGGGCUCUGGCAGCUGGGAGGAGAUGAUACAGGGAGCAGUGGGAGACCACUCCUAUCUCAAGGAGCAUCUAGUGGAGCAGCUAUGCUUGUAUAAUGACGUCAGUGAGGCAUUGAAGUGGGCGGACUACUACAGUCUAGAUGACUCUGUGAUACCAGACACUGUCAGAAGUGCCAGGGAGGAAAUCAAGAGCCGCCCAGAGUCUCAGCAACACCAGAGUCCAACAGUGGGGAUAACUGGAACAGCCACUGGUGUUACAUGGGGGGUGUCUGGAACAGCCAUGGCUGCUACGUUGGAGGUACCUGGAACAGCCAGCAGUGGAACAUGGGGUGUUCCUGGAACAGCCAGUGUGUCCGGGGAGGAUUGGGACAGUGCCUGCUUCACAGAAGAGGAAAUUAAAGCAGCUUAUCACCAGUUGUCUAUUCCCCUUGAGUCAGUUCACCUGAUUGACACUCUAGAGGCCUACUCCCAGUGUCUGGAGCACAUAACUCAGCCGGGCAGUGUUGUGGGAAUUGACUCGGAAUGGAAACCUGCCUUCAUGGGGCAGAUUCAAAAGGUGGCGCUACUCCAGUUGGCCCUCAGGGACCGGGUCUACCUGCUGGACCUGCUGGCUUUGGACCAGCUGUUCACAGAGGCCACGUGGAGUCAGUUUGCUGCACGCUUCCUCUGCUCUGAACAUGUGCUCAAGCUAGGUUACGGUAUAGAGUCUGACCUGAAGAUGCUGUUGCGCUCGUUUCCAUGCCUACAAGAGCCCAUGAUGAAUGUCAAACGCAUCGUGAAUCUAGAGACACUCGUCAGACAGUUGAAGCUCAAGGAGUCCCCAGCAGUGUUCCUGGUAGAGAACGAUGACAGUGACCUGGUCUACAGACCAGAGCCCGAGGGUCAGGGGGACGGGGAGGGACAGGAGAGGGGACUCAGUGACGUUGUCAAACGUUGCAUGGGACGACCACUGGACAAGUCUGAGCAGAUGUCCAACUGGGAGCGGCGGCCAUUGAGGACUGAGCAAGUCAAAUAUGCAGCCCUCGAUGCGUAUGUCCUACUAGACUUAUAUGAUGUGCUGAUCAAGCUGGCCCAGGAACAGGGGGAGGAUAUUGACCUGGAGCCCAGUAUUUCCAAAAAGUGGCUCAGACCCAGCAAAAAUGAGAAAAAACGGGCAAAACAGAGGGGUGACCAUAGACAGAAACCUGCCAGAAAAUUGCCCACCAAGCCACGCCCCUUUUCCGGUCAGCCCUGUUCACCAGGGGAUCUACGGGUUGUCGUGGAUACCAUGCUUCAGGGCCUGGGCAGACAGCUGCGCAGCUGUGGUGUAGAUGUUCACAUCAUGGACCCAUAUGUUGAACACUCUCAGGCCAUAGAGGUCAGUCACCGUGAGAACAGGGUCAUCCUAUCAAGUGGCCUUCCCUAUCACAUGAUAUCAGCCAAUGUAGGUCCAGACAUGUGUUACAAUGUCAUGUGUGACAAGGCCAAAGACCAGGUGGUGGAAGUGCUCAACCAUUUUAACGUGCAGGUCAAACAGUCGGAUAUCUUCAGCAGAUGCCAGAUCUGCAAUGGAAAUGUGUAUGCUACCAUUCCAUCUGAGGAUAUGAAACUGCUGUCUCAAAGGAAACUGCAGAUCAUCGCCCAGCACUCGGAGGCAUUGCACAGUUCAUCUGAACUAGGGCUGAAUGGUGGCCGAGAAGGCUCCUCUACAUAUGGAGUGGGUAGCCAGUCUAAUGAUUGCUCUGAGGAGAUGGUGUCAAGGUUCAUUGAGUACAACAUAGACUGGUGCACUGCCACUAUUUUGUCAACGUCGGCCUCAGUUCAAACAGAGACUGUGCCUCCCAGUAUGUUUGACAAAGUGGAGAAGUUUUUCUGUUGUCAGCAGUGUGGGAAGGUGUUCUGGGAGGGAUCCCACUUUGAACGAGUUUGUGAUCAGUUUUCACAUGUUCUUAAGGCGCAAAAAGAUGAAACGACAAUUUAUGAUAAAUUGAAUGCAAACUUUGGAGUAAAUUCUUUGUAGAAACUUUCGUGUCCCAAAGCCAGUUGAAAUGAAGACACUUGUUAGUAAAAAUUUCUAGUUUUUUAAUGAGUGUUACUCGUAAAUAUCACAUUACUUAACAUCUAACUAUUACAAAACAAAUGGACUUGCUUAAUGAAAUUCAGGGAAUUUAGGUGUGCAUCAAAUAUUUGUGCAAGUUUGCAACAGCUGUUUUCUACAUUGUACAUUAUUCAUGGAUCGAUGUAAAUUUUAAAAUUGUUAUGUCAUGUUUUAAUAGUGUUUGAUUGACCACAUCAAUACAUGCUAUACUGGUUGUCAAGGACAAAAUUUGUAACAUACAUGCAUUACUUUGAAAUCUAUGAUAUUUGUCUGUGGUUUUUGAAGAUCAAUAGUGUUCUUAUCAUUUCAUGCCUUCAUUCAAUAAUGUUUUAUUUUCUCUGUGGUUUUAGUUGCAUAAACGAUGUUUCUUAACAUAAUAAGUUUUAAGUUUGAUUUGAAAGUCAUAUAAUUCUAUAAAUAAAAUGUACAAUUAUU